CCAUCCCACCCUUGACAUCAACGCUGGGUCACAGAUGGGCUUCAGCACUCCUGACGUGACCGUGAAAAAUGGAAAACGACACACCGCAGCCGACGCGUUCCUGAGACCCAACCUGCAGCGCCCGAACCUGCGCCUGCAAAGCGGCUCGCAGGUCACUAAGAUCAUAUUUGAUGCUGAUUUGAGGGCCACUGGAGUGGAAUACAAGCAAGGCAGGCGGAUAAAACGUGCUUUCGCGCGCAAAGAAGUGGUGGUGUGCGCGGGUGCCAUCGACAGCCCCAAGCUGCUCCUGCUCUCCGGCAUCGGCCCCCAGCAACACCUACGCAGCCUCGACAUCAAAACUCUGGUCGACUCCCCGGGUGUCGGGCAGAACUUGCAAGAUCAUCCUUCAUUGCUUGGGCUCUCAUGGAGCACUCCUAAGGGCCGGGGCAGUUCCUUGAAGCGUGUGUUAGGACCUUCGUCACAGCUGCUUUACAAGCGCAGCAGGAAAGGUCCCUUGAGCGCACCGUUUGGAGUUGAAGGGAACGCGUGGAUGCGACUCGAUGAUGGGGGAGACCCAACUGUUCCUGACAUGCAAUUCCUGAUCGUGGCACUGCAAGCAGGAGUUGAUUAUGGUUUUUUGCUUUCACAAGCAAUUGAAUUUAAGGAAGAGGUAUACCGAGAAUAUUUUGCGCCGUACCAGGGCCGGGAGGGUUUCGGUAUCGGCCCUAUGCUGACCGUGCCCAAGAGUCGCGGCUCAGUCACUCUGCGCUCCAGCGAUCCCUUCGACCAGCCGCUCAUAGACCCAAAUUUCUUGAGUCACCCCGACGAUAUGGAGCUUUUCUUGAAAGGCAUCAAGUUCGCUCUGUCCAUCGGCAAUACAACGGCGAUGCGGGACGGCAUCGGCGCCACGUUUAACGACAAGCCACUACCAGGCUGCCAGACUCACCCCUGGGGCUCAGACGACUACUGGCGCUGCUUCACCCGCCACAUGGCCUCCACCACCUACCACCCAGCCGGCACCUGCAAGAUGGCACCCCUCACUGACCCCCUCGGUGUCGUCACCUCCACGCUCAAAGUUCGUGGAGUGAGUGGACUGCGUGUGAUUGACACAUCCAUCAUGCCUUUCAUCACUUCAGCGAACACGAACGCACCGGCCAUCAUGAUCGGCGAACGCGGAGCGGAUUUCAUCAAAGAAGAUCACGGUGCCCUCGUUGACAAAUGACAAAGUUCUGGAAACAGUAUUAUUUAUUUAAUUGAAGAUAACUUUUAGGAUUUAAUUAUGCGCUUUCUUGGCAACAUAACGUGUAUCGUGUUUGAAUUUAAAGUUUUAUAAGUUCAGGUAUAGAAAAUUGUAA